UAUGUGUCAACUAAUCUUUGUCAAUAAAGUUAUUACAAAAACAGCAUUUCCGGUUUGCGCAGAUUUUAAAAGGAAUGCGCUGUGUCCUUCCGUUUGAAUCCAACAGCAGCAGCACCAUCCGCGUGAUUUAGAGAGCUGCGGUUUUACGACGGAGCCCGCAGAGGAGAAGUGGACUUUUUACGUAUCCUGCUAACCCAGUGACACAGUCUGCUUACACGUAAACAACAGCAGAUUUUAGGCAUUUAAAUAAAUAAUUUAAGUUUUAACGCAAUAAUUUGAUGUCACAAUGGUGCAGCCGGCAGAGAAAGCGUAUUAUCGCUUUGUGGUGCUGUUUUUUAACUGCCUGCUGACAUUCGGCUCCUACUUCUGCUUUGACAUGCCCAGCGUGUUGCAGGAUCAAUUCCAAGGGAACCUCACCUGUCCCAAUGCGACAGUAAUCAACGGGACGGUGGACUGCGUGGCGGGACUGGGGAUGACCCCUCAGCAGUACAAUCUUCUUUAUGCCAUUUACGCUUGGACGAAUGCAAUAGUUGUGAUUCUUGCAGGAUUCCUGAUUGACAAGUUGGGAAAUCGCUUCGGGGUGUUUCUGUUUUCUUUUCUCUGCGUUUUGGGCUCCUCCCUUUUUGCGCUGGGCUCCCACUUCAAAGGAACUCCUUACCUGCUUCCUCUCAUGCUCACCGGCCGUCUGCUGUUCGGAUCAGGGAACGGAUCUCUGACCAUUGUUCAGAACCGCAUCACGGCCUUUUGGUUUAAAGGGAAGGAGCUGGCUCUGGCCUUCGGCCUGACUCUGGCCUUUUCUCGCCUGGGCUCGGUCCUGAACUUCUUCCUCACUGAGAAGUUUGAGGAUAAAUUUGGGAUGCAGUGGACACUGUGGGGCGGAGCUCUUUUGUGUGUUCUGGGCUUCAGCUCGGCUAUAAUAGUGAGCGCUAUGGACAAGGUGGGAAUGAAGCAGCUGGGUUUAGAGGGAUCCAUGCAAGAGGCAUCUCGAAAAGUGCGGAUUCAGGAUGUGAAGCUUUUGUCUCUGAGAUAUUGGCUGUUGGUUCUCACCAUCAUGUUUUUUUACAACGGCAUCUUCCCCUUUAUCGCAGAUGCCAGUAAAUUCAUUCAGGACAAAUACGGGAAUUACAGUCAGAAGGAGGCGGCGUAUGUGGCAGGAGCGGUUUACGACAGCUCUCUGGUCCUCUCUGCCAGCGUGGGGAUACUUAUUGAUUACGUGGGCCUGCGCGGCAUCUUCGCACUGACCUGCGCCGUCCUCACUCUGCCGGUGUUUGGACUCCUGGCCUUCACCUUCGUCCCUCCUCUGGUCUCCACCAUAUGGCUGGGAAUUACAUAUUCCUUUGCUGCUGCCAGCAUGUGGCCGUCCAUCCCCCUUGUUGUCCCUCAGGCCACUCUGGGGACCGCCAUGGGCCUGGCCACCUCCAUCCAGAUGGUUGGCAUCGGGCUGUCCAACCUUGUAGUUGGACAAAUAUUGGGAACUCAGUCCAGUGAAGCGAAGAUCCCGCUGUGGCGCUGGAAGAGGAUGAUGAUCUUCAUGUUGGCCAACACCGUCAGCUGCAUCGUGACCUCUGUGCUGCUCAACGUUGUUGAUUACAAACAGGGAGGAACUUUGAACAAAACGACGAAGAGGUCGCAGCAGGCGGAGCGCAACUGUGAACGAGAGCCUCUCAUCAAAGCAGAGGAAGAGCCAAACGAAGACGACGGUGCUGCCAAUUCUAUCAAUUCAUGAACAGAUUUUAAUUUUUUAAUAAUGUGUUUUAUGGGCAUUUGAUUUCAAUUUCUUAAAAUCCUAAAUUCUUAAAA